AUGGGUGAAAGUCCGGAUGAGGAAGGGUCGACUAAAGGACCAACUUGGGUUGCCUAUGUUGAUGGUUCCUCAGCGGGGGGAGGAAGCGGAGCUGGAGUGGUGUUCCGAGGGCCCGACCGGGAAGAGCUCAGGUACGCCCUUAAAUUUGAUUUCCCUGCCACUAAUAACGAAGCUGAGUAUGAGGCUGUGCUGUCGGCCAUGGAGAUCGCGCGGCAAAUGGGAAUAACGGAUAUAGAGAUUCGAAGCGAUUCGCGAGUAAUUGUUGAGCAGAUAAACGGAAGUUACGCCACGCAGGAAACGAGGAUGUCCGAAUGCCUCGAAAAAGUACAUCAGUUCUACUCGUACUUUGACAGGAUCGUCGUAGUUAAAAUCCCCCGGGAGAAGAAUGGGUUGGCAGACGCUCUCUCGCGAAUCGGAUCAGGAUCGAACCCCGCGGUGUCAGUACGCGGCUGUAGACUCCUGACCAAAGCUCACCCCACGGUAUUGGCAACAGAAGAACUGAUGCAAGUAGGCGAGGCGGACCCUGAAUGGGCUACUGAAAUUGUACGGUAUCUGAGAACAGGUGAGCUCCCGCCGGCCAAGGAAGAUGCUCAGAAAAUUGUCCGUCACUCGGCGCGUUAUGUUUUAGUUGGAGGAACUUUUUCCGACGGGGGUAUUCCUUUCCCUUACUAA